AUGCUCUUCAGAGUCCAGCUGCAGAAACCUCCAGCUGCAGAGACCUCCAGCUGCAGAGACCUCCAGCUGCAAAAACCUCCAGCUGCAGAAACCUCCAGCUGCAGAGACCUCCAGCUGCAGAGACCUCCAGCUGCAGAGACCUCCAGCUGCAGAGACCUCCAGCUGCAGAAACCUCCAGCUGCAGAGACCUCCAGCUGCAGAGACCUCCAUGCACUGCAGAGACCUCCAGCUGCAGAGACCUCCAGCUGCAGAGACCUCCAGCUGCAGAGACCUCCAGCUGCAGAAACCUCCAGCUGCAGAGACCUCCAGCUGCAGAGACCUCCAGCUGCAGAAACCUCCAGCUGCAGAAACCUCCAGCUGCAGAGACCUCCAGCUGCAGAGACCUCCAGCUGCAGAGACCUCCAGCUGCAGAGACCUCCAGCUGCAGAGACCUCCAGCCGGUCACUGCGGCAGCUUCAGCUUCCCUCUGUUUAUCUGCCCACAGGCAACGUUUUGAUGCUUUACUUAAAAAUGUGGACAGUGUUUAGUCCUGUGGCAAAACUCUGA